AUGGCCUGCGACAUCCGCAUCGCCGCGGAGAACGCCCGGAUGGGCGUGACCGAGGUUCGGCUUGGCUUCAUGCCGGCAUCGGGCGGGACGCAACGACUCGCCCGCCUCGUGGGCGCCGCCAAGGCUCUGGAGAUGUGCCUGUCCGGGGCGCUCGUGGACGCUCAGGAAGCGUACCGCAUCGGACUCGUCAACAAGCUGGUACCCGCGGGCGAGCUGACGCGCGCCGGCGAGGAGAUGGCGGAUCCUUCGCCAAGGGCGCGCCACUGGCCCUGCGGUACAUCAAGGAAUCCGUCCGCAAGGGCGAGGGCCUGCCGCUGGACCAAGCGCUGCGCUUGGAGUCCGAUCUCGCCGCGCUGGUCCUCACCACCGACGACUGCAAGGAAGGGCCGCGGGCCUUCGUCGAAAGCGCCCGCCGGUGUGGAAAGGCCGUUGAUUGGUACUGCCUCAAUAAAUUGA